GAGAACCAGUGCCGUAGAUACUGCUGAUUUUCCAUUGUGGGUCCUUGUGGAUAUGAGCUGCAUUACUAUAGUAAGCUAUAAAUCCGACAUCACGUGAACGCACCUUGAAUGUGUACAGGUUUUGAAGUUCUUGUCCCAGGUUCGGGUCUGUGAAUCCGUCGCGUGGUGCUGCUAGAUGAAAAUGAAACCGUUUUAAUUGUAGUGUAGUUACAAUUAAAGUUUAUAUUAUUAAUGUGGGUGUUUAUUUUAUGUCUACAGAGUGACAGACAGGGGUGGGCUCGGUUUAAAAGGACCGCGUGAAUCUAUAGUGAGGGAGUCUGACUGAAUAUGUCAGUAAACGUCUCAGACACGCACGUGGGGCUGAUGCCAGGCACAGUUUGAGCCAGACUCAGUCGCGAGCUGGUGCGCGUGGUUACAGGAAGAAGUGUUAAAACGGAUGUAUGACAAUGACCCGUGUUGAGAGCGCGACCAGCCGCGGUUUGUUUCAUCUCUUCGUCGUUUAACGUGACAUUUUAGCGACACAUGAGACCCAGUAUUGCCCUGUCUCCGGCUCUGUUUGGAUUACUCGGUCCGCUGCUGGACUGUUGAAGUGACUUUAUCUGCGGCGAGUGGAUAACUACUGUCUGAGAAAACAUGGGGACCCAAGGCACAGGACGGAAAAGAUCUACCAAGAAGGAGAGGUCGACGGCGGAGGACGAUGCCCUAAAUCUUAUAGCGAGAGAGGCCGAAGCCAGGCUGGCAGCAAAGAGGGCAGCCAGGGCAGAAGCCAGAGAGAUCCGCAUGAAGGAGCUGGAGCGACAACAGAAAGAGAUCUUUCAGGUGCAGAAGAAGUAUUAUGGCUUGAACACCAAAUACGAUGACCGUGCGGACAACAAAUGGGAAAAUAUUGAACAAUGGAUGGAGGACAGUGAGAGAUACUCACGUUCUUCACAGAUACACAUGCUCUCAGACGACGAUGAGCGGAUGUCAGUGGGAAGCCGGGGCAGUGUCAGGUCGGAUCUUGACGCAGUCGGGGCGUAUGGUGGAGGGGGCUCCUCACAUAAGAAGUCAAAGAAAAAGAAGAAACAUAAGCACAAAGACAGAGACAGGAACGGCUGCGGCGACGAUUACAGCGUCGUGUCCAGCAGGAGCUCAAGACUCAGUGAUGAAAGCAGAGUGUCCCGCUCCUCCAGGCUGGACCUGACGAGCUCCAGACUGAGUGAUGACAGCCGAGUGUCUCGUGCCUCCAGAUUAGACCUGCAGCCGAGCUCUUAUGCUUCCUCUGACCUGUACAGUCUCAACGGUCUGUCCUCCUCCAGAAACCCCGGUUCAGCUUUCAAUGGUUACCAGAGCUCCUUGUAUGACGACUCUGCAAGUCUCUGCAGUGGAACACGGCGAGUCACUGGCUCCAGCUGCCAUCCUUUAGAGUACACUAGUUAUCGCGGCUCCAGCUCCAGAGCCUCCAGCAGGGCCAGUUCAGCCCGCGCCAGCCCAGUGGACAACUGUGGCUCUGUUGCCAGUUUUUUGAGGAGUGCGGCCAGUAGCAGUGGCCUCCCCCGGGACCUGGACGACGUUACUAUUCCUGACUUUUCAGAUGUGAGUCGGUUUGCACCAGCAGGAGGCCGAGGCUGUGAAGUGGAGGACAGAGAUUAUCUAGAGAAGGGAUCUCGAGCAGCUUCUGCUUUAACUGCAGCAACCCUCACAUCUUUAGGUGGGACGUCCUCCAGGAGAGGAAGUGGAGACACAGCAAUAACUGCAGACACUGAGACGUCCAUACGAGAAAUCAAGGAUGCUUUAGUAGAAGUGGAGGAGAAGUAUCGUAAAGCCAUGGUGUCCAACGCCCAGCUGGACAAUGAGAAGAACAACCUGAUGUACCAGGUGGACACACUGAAGGACUCACUCAUGGAGCUGGAGGAGCUGCUGUCAGAGUCACGCCGAGAAUACGAGGAGAAAGUCAAGGAAUUUGAGCGAGAGAAACAUGCCCACAGUGUCCUUCAGUUCCAGUUCAAUGAAAUGAAAGAGAUGCUAAAACAAAGUGAAGAGCUGCUAAAUGACAUCCGUCAGCUGCGUAUGAAACAGGACGGUUUUGUUAGAGAAAUAUCUGACCUGCAGGAGACGGUGGAGUGGAAGGAUAAAAAAAUUGGGGCCUUAGAGCGACAGAAAGAAUACACGGAUGCAAUCCGAACUGAGCGAGACGAGCUCAGAGAGGAGGUGGUGAAGCUCAAAGACAUUCUGAAGAAACAUGGAAUAGUUUUGGGACCGGAUCUAAACGUCAAUGGUGACAUUGGUGAAGCAGAAGUUGACGGGUCACCCAGCGGAGACGCUGCCCGCCAGCCAGCUCAAGAUCCUCAGACCCCCCCGACAGAGGGGAACAGCAUGCUCGAGAUUCGCCUGAGGAAACGUGAUGAGCGUGAAAAAAUGAUAGAUCAGGUGAAGAAACUAAAAGCCCAGCUGGAGCAGAAGUCACAGAAGAACGGCACCGACAGCAGUUCAAGCCCAGAUGGUGAAAUUGUUGAAAAUGGCAACGACCCCAACAUAAUAGAACUACAGAGAGACUCUAACAGGCAGUUAAGCGACUUGAAGUUCAAACUGGUGAAGGCCGAACAAGAAGUGACUGCUUUGGAACAAAACGUGACCAGACUGGAGGGUCAGGUGACACGAUACAAGUCUGCAGCAGAGAACUCGGAGAAGGUGGAGGAUGAGCUGAAGGCAGAGAAACGGAAACUGCAGAGAGAGCUGCGGUCAGCAUUGGACAAGGUCGACGAACUUGAGUCAAACAACAGCCACCUAUCUAAAAGACUGGAGAAGAUGAAGUCUAGUCGUGGCAUGGCACAGACUCCAUAGCACCAACCACCGCACAUCAGAUCCACCUUCUCUGAAUCCCUUCCUGGCUGAUCACAUGGAAAACGAGGCGUCCUGCACUCUGGGUUUCUCUUUCGCCUGCCUGAUAACGAUGUUAAGAAAAAGAACAAAAAAAAAAAACACAAAAACAAGAAAGUUAGUUAUUAUAUCCACAGAAUAGAGAACUCCAGCAAGCACAUGUGCCAUUUCUUUGUCUAUUUUCUGUCUGAUCAGAAUCCUUCAUAGCGUUGUGCACACACCCAGGAAGUACAUGAAGCGUGGAGCGGAUGUUUGUGUACCUCAUGACUUUGGUUGAACCUCUGCACUGCUCUGCUUUUUUUGGGGGGGGGGGGCACAUGGAGAGCUGACUGAACAGCACCAAGAGGACUUCUCUGUUGUCCAGUGUAGCGAGAGACAAAAUGUUGCACUGCCCUCUUCCUGCUGCCUCUCAUCGAGACUCAACAUAUUCACCUGCCUUGCUCACAUGGAGGACAGAGAAAUUCAGUGAACAGACCCAGUGUCCACGGCCCAAGACUUUAACCUUCAGAGUGCUUUGUGUGCGUGUUGUGAAUGAAAGAGCAAAAAUGAAGUGUAUUUUUCCUUUUCUGACCUUUGCAUCCAAAGCCAAACUAUUUUUAAAAAUGUAAAUGUUGAGGUGUGAGUCCAGUUUGUUUGUGUUAGAACCGAACAACAGUUUUUACAGCACAGUAUUAUCAUCGCAGUCAAACAGUCACCAGCUUUCAGCCGUAGAUGCUGUAUGUAAGGCAGCAGGUUCAUUGAAUGUUGAAACAGUUUGACCCACAGUGUGAAGCCGCCCGUCUGAUAUCCAGUAACAUCUCUGUGCUGCUUCCCGGUUCAUGGAGUCGCUCGCUGGUCGGCUCUCGUGCACACACUUUAAUGCUGAGACUGAAGAAAUGUGACGACAGGGACUCAAAGCAGGAGACGCUGAACACACUGAGGAGAUGCUGCUUCACUGUUUACAAAGCUUUAACAUGUUUGUAAGGAAACUUAAAGAACUGUAAUCUUUGUGCAAUAAAAUGUCUAAUCAUAUGGUAUCUGCACACGGA